CCUCCUCUCAUCCACCACAAGACAGCGAUAAGCUUGAAGCUCAGAUAUGGCUUUCCACCAAAGAUCGAUAAGUUUGCCUUCUAGGCCUCACGUCAGUGAGACCGAAGUCGAGCAAGAGCUCCACUGCCUAGAAGCAAGCAUCUCUUCCUCCAAUUCCAUCAGCACGAUGUGCGAUGGUCUCAGGAGUCUUGCAAGCAUCUACGAUGGUCUUGAAGAGAUUAUUUGCCUACCAAGCAACCAAGCUUGCUCCUCCCAGCAGAGGAACAUGUUGGAUGGAGAGAUGGAAUGCUCCAUUGAGCUGUUAGAUCUCUGUAGCACCAUGCAAGAGACCUUCGCUGAGAUGAUGGUCAUCAUCCAAGAGCUCCAACUGGCUCUAAGAAAAGGAGAUGAUGUAGCUGCUCAAGCAAAGAUCCAGUCUUUUAUUCGCUUGGGGAAAAAGGCCAGGAAACAUUUCAAGAAGUCUGCCAAGAAGCCUGCAUUUGACAAGAUGGUCAUGCUCUUGACCAAGGCAAGAGAGAUCUGCAUCUCUCUGUUGGAGUCCACACUCCAUCUCUUGUUGAAGCAAAUGGAAAUGCCAAAGAAGUCUCUUGUCUGCAAGGAAUUUUACAAGAAGAAGGCAAUUGUCUGCAAGGAGGAGCAAUUGCAGGAGUUAGAGUGCAGUAUCGAAGAUCUUCAGAAUGGAGCAGGAGAUCUGUUCAGGAAAUUAGUCCAGAACAGAGUUUGUCUUUCAAACAUUCUUAGCUCAUAGAUACUCCACAUCACUCUACUCCCUGUGAUUGGCAUCCGCCUUUUUGAGGAUGAGCUGAUCUUGAUACGGUUUUGCCAUAUGUAUAUAGAGUACAAAUUAAUGUACAGAAAUUAUAGAAACAAAGACCAAAGUUUUGAUCCAUCUCAGAUUUUGGGAUAUUGAUAAAAUCUCUUGGGGCUUUUUGAUGAGUAUAUGCAUGACAAGAGAAAAUGUGUAUGAUACGAAUUCAUCAUGUAUUUGCUAGGUUGGUGUUACUGGUUUGAUUUUUGUGGUAAAUGUUAACAGCAAGAUGAUUUUAGACCUACAAGCAAGUUUUUUUACAAGUUAACAUUACCUUAAGAUUCAAUUUUUUUUAGCUGCACAAGAUUCUUGAUUAGCACAUAAUCUUUAUUUUGUAGAUCUCACUAAUCAUGCAUAGGACACGCCAGGUCGAAGCCACAUGGUUGAUGGUUGCGUCACACCUAGCCAGAUUCCCUUCAUAGUUGCAAAUGUUGUCCACCAUAAGCUCAGUUAUUAUUUUGGUAUGUAUCUACCUUGUUAUUCUUAUUCAUAUGAUAAGUUUUCAUUGCUGAUAAAAUCAUAUAGCUAAUUGUGAUGGAUAGAUUAACUGAAAAAAUGAAA